AUGGCGAGUCGAUAUUUGCGGCCGCAGCUGAUCCGCUCCUCGAAAGCUGCGUUUGAAUGUGCCUUUUGUGCGCAACGCCGCUCAACCCAGUUCACCAGACUUCCCUAUACCAGCAGGCUACGUCCUCCUCUAACGAGAUCCUAUGCCACCAUAAACCCCGGUGAACCGAAGCCGCCGCAGGAAGACCCGGACAAGCAGAAGAAGGAAGGUGACAAAACCUCCAAGGCCUCUCAAAAGGACUCGAGUAAGACCCCGGACGAGGGCGCAGAAAAGGAAGAUGCCAGCAAAGUGGAAUUUUGUCCGCUCACGGAGGAAGAGGUCAGGCAGAUCGAUGAGGUUGCAAAAAUGAUCAAGACCGGGCUACCUAAAUCGCAGGCUGCCGCUGUCGACGAAGCUGUCGAGCUAAUGAAAAAGGGUGGCAUUCCUACAGAGCUACGAGAGGUUUUGGAGGCACGGAGGAGAAAUCCACACAAGCCCAUUGAUCUGGCUACCACGGUGCGCCUGGUGGGAGUGUUCACAAAAUUGUCUCGCAUGAGCCCCGAAGAGGUUCGGGAGAAGUACGGUCAUACUGCUCAGUCCACCAAGGCCUCGGACUCGGAGAAGGAGGGAACUCCUCUUUUCGAGCAGUCGAACAAGAAACAGGGCAGCGAAAAGGAGCAACAGGGCAAGCAAGGAGCCGACGGGAAGGGUAAACCCGCCGGCGCCUAUGAGCUAAGAUUGGAUGCGGGCACCACAGUGAUGGCUGCCAUCCUCACGUACUACAUUUACCGCAGCCUAUAUCCUGGAGAAUCAUCGAGAGACAUCACUUGGCAAGAGUUCAGGACCACCUUCUUCGACAAGGGGCUUGUGGACAAGCUCACCGUCAUCAACCGCACCCGGGUCAGAGUUGAACUGAACCGAGACGCCGUUGCUCGCAUGUACCCAGAGUCGCCCGCCACUCGACCAAACUUCUACUACUACUUCUCCAUAGGCUCAGUCGAAGCUUUCGAGCGACGAUUGGAUGAAGCACACCAAGAGCUCGGAAUUCCCAGCAGCGAGAGAAUACCGGUGGCAUACUCGGACGAGGUGCCAUUGAGUGCCGCGCUGUUCAACUUCGGUCCUACACUGUUGUUCAUUGGCGCCUUAUUCUGGUUCUCGAGAAGAGCCGCAUCCGGAGCAGGCGGGCAAAGUGGUAUCUUCGGAAUUGGCAAAUCACGAGCAAAGCGAUUCAACCACGAAACCGACGUCAAGAUCAAGUUCUCGGAUGUUGCUGGCAUGGACGAAGCAAAGGUCGAAAUUAUGGAAUUUGUUUCCUUUUUGAAGGACCCCACCAAGUACCAAAGAUUGGGUGCAAAGAUUCCUCGUGGUGCCAUCUUGUCUGGUCCUCCAGGAACUGGUAAGACACUAUUGGCCAAAGCUACUGCCGGCGAAUCCGGUGUCCCUUUCUACUCGGUCUCAGGUUCCGAAUUCGUGGAGAUGUUCGUAGGCGUGGGUCCGUCACGGGUGCGAGACCUGUUCGCCAACGCCCGAAAGAAUGCGCCGUGCAUCAUCUUCAUCGACGAAAUCGACGCGAUUGGAAAGUCCAGAGCGAAACAGAAUUUCGGUGGAGGCAACGAUGAACGAGAGUCGACCCUCAACCAAAUCCUGACCGAGAUGGAUGGGUUCAACACUUCCGAACAGGUCGUUGUGCUUGCUGGUACGAACAGACCUGACGUGCUCGACAAAGCGUUGAUGCGUCCCGGUCGGUUUGACAGACAUAUUGCCAUCGACCGACCAACCAUGGACGGCCGGAAGCAAAUCUUCCUGGUCCAUCUUCGAAAGAUUGUCACCAAGGUCGACAUGGAGUAUCUCACCGGACGUCUUGCAGCACUGACUCCUGGCUUCUCCGGUGCGGAUAUUGCAAACUGUGUCAACGAAGCUGCUUUGAUUGCUGCCCGCGCAAACGCAGCUUCGGUUCUGAUGGAUCAUUUCGAACAAGCCAUCGAACGUGUCAUUGGUGGUCUUGAGAAGAAGUCGCUAGUCCUGUCACCAGAAGAGAAGAAGACUGUUGCAUAUCACGAAGCUGGUCAUGCUAUCUGUGGCUGGUUCUUCAAGUACGCCGAUCCCCUCCUCAAGGUCUCGAUCAUUCCAAGAGGACAGGGUGCCUUGGGUUACGCACAGUACCUCCCUGCCGGUGGUAACGACGUGUACCUGAUGAGCGUCAAGCAAUUGAUGGACCGGAUGGCCAUGACGCUCGGUGGCCGUGUCAGCGAAGAAAUCUGGUUCGACACCGUGACAAGUGGUGCAUCAGACGAUUUCAACAAGGUCACGCGUAUGGCUACUGCCAUGGUGACGGAGUGGGGGAUGUCGCCCAAGAUCGGCUACCUGCACUACAAGGACGACGAGCAGCGUCUGCACAAACCCUUCUCCGAGGAAACAGCUCGACACAUCGACGAGGAAGUGCGUCGACUUGUGGACGAAGCUUACAAACAAUGUAAAGAUCUGUUAUUGGAGAAGAAGGACCAACUACAAGCCGUGGCGGAGGAAUUGUUGAAAAAGGAGAUGCUUGUGCGAGACGACCUCGUCAGACUUUUGGGCAAGAGACCAUUUGAGGACCAGGGAGACUUCCACAAGUACUUCGACAACAACGAGGGAAAGAGUGCACCGUAA